GGGACGGGGCGGGGCGGGACGAGACAGGCCCGACCCGGCGCCGCCACUUUCGGUUUUGCUUCUGCCGCGCCGGAGCGCCGCGCCAAGGCCAGGCCAGGCCAGAUGUCAGAAGACCAGCAUGUUGAUUGCUCCACUCAGAACAAAGAUGAUGAAGAUCAAGGUGAUGUAGUUGAUGCAAAACCAGACAGAAGUAGCAGAUUCUCAAUUUUCAUAAAAAAAAAGAAGAAUGGAGAAGAAGAGCAGCCGAAGUCCACUCUCAGUAAUCAGUAUCGAAUUGUUACACCCACGUUCCAGUAUAAUAUGGACUACAAGAAAGUUGGCAAAUGUAUUAUUAUAAACAACAAAAAUUUUGAGGAAAAAACAGGAAUGGGCACACGCAACGGCACUGAUAAAGAUGCUGGAGAUAUAGCUAAGAGUUUUAGAAACUUAGGUUUUGAGGUUUGCACAUACAAUGAUCGAAGCCGUGAUGAUAUGGAAAAAUUACUGAAGAAAGCUGCUGAGGAGGAUCACAGUGAUGCCGCUUGCUUUGCCUGUAUCCUUCUAAGCCAUGGGGAAGAAGGCCUUAUCUACGGCACGGAUGGACCUAUGGCAAUCAAGAGUCUGACUGCACUCUUCAGAGGAGACAAAUGUAAAAGCCUCAUAGGCAAACCCAAAUUAUUUUUCAUUCAGGCAUGCCGAGGCUCUGAAUUUGAUGAAGGGAUACAGACUGACUCUGGACCUGCAAAUGACACUCUAGAAACAGAUGCCAAUCCUAGAUACAAAAUCCCAGUAGAAGCAGAUUUUCUGUUUGCAUAUUCCACAGUGCCAGGUUAUUAUUCCUGGAGAAAUCCUGGAAGAGGCUCUUGGUUUGUGCAGUCUCUGUGCUCUAUACUAAAUGAACAUGGAAAACAACUUGAGAUCAUGCAGAUCCUCACACGGGUCAACUAUGUGGUGGCCACAAACUUUGAAUCACAGUCUGAUGAUCCACGCUUCAGUGAGAAGAAACAGAUUCCCUGCGUAGUCUCUAUGCUCACUAAGGAACUUUACUUCUGAAAACAGAUUUUAAUACCCUGAUCUCAUGCCAUUGGCUGUAUGCCGCUGGAGGGAGUUUUGAUUAUAAACUGGUGCAACACAUUUUUUAAUAAUAGAAAUGUAAUUAUAUUGGCUUUUUAUACUGUAUAAGCUGGGGUUUCUGAAGGAUGGGUGAUAUGCAGGAUUUUAAUGAAGAAACAAAUGCUGUGGGCCAGUCAUACAGCUAACACUAAUUACUGUGUCUUGAUUUCCCUUAGUGUGACUAUCUUGAUUUACGGGUGCUGAAGAUGUAUAUCGCCAUGCCUAUAAGCAAAGAAAGCUUCCAAAAUUACACCUGUCUUCCGUAUUACUUUGUACACUCAAGAGAUGCUGUGAACUCUUCUUUUGUAAUGUUCAACUGUUGUGUUCCAUUAUGUGUUUUUUGAUUAUUUAUUUCCCCCCACACACACACUUAAAACUUUCCAUCUAAUUUCAUUCAUGUUUUGGUUGCUGAUUUUUCUUUUUAAUCUUACAUUGCUCUUGGUCCUUCAUCACUAUCAAGUGGAAACUUUUCAGUGUUUGCUGUUUCAUAGGCUGAGUAGAAUAAAAGAUGUGAUUUUAGGAACCAGUGUUAUCAGCUGCUAGGAGGAAGGACAGGGAGAUCACAAAUUGGAUCAGGGUAGGAUUAAAGGAAAUUAUAUUGGUCGUUAGUCUUUGCUGUUCAGUUUUCACAUUCAUUAAACACUGGUCUUGCAUAUGCUGAUAUUGGAAAAGCAGAGAACCUUUCUCUCUAGAGGAUAAAAAUAAGUCCAAAUGUGAAACUAAGAAAAUUGGCAAUGUUCCUUUCUAGUUUCUGAUGGAAAUCAAUGGAGUUGCAUGUUGUUUUGUUUCAUGGAGGUUUUUUUUUUAAGCUUAGGAAAUAUUUGAUCCAUUUUUCCAUCUUGGGGAAAGAGGGAGAGAUUUCAGUGAUCUGAGAUUCAGAUACCUGACAAGUAAAGGUUAUUCUUUUUGACUAAAUAACUGUUCAUAUGUUCUGCCUACUGCUAAAAUGGGGGUGGGCAUGGUGUAAUGCUUACUUGGGGGUGUGUGAGGGAGAAAGGAGGGGAAGUCUGUGUCUCAAUCUGAAUAAAUUAAACAAUACCAGAAAGCAUAUUGUAAAAUGAAAAAAGCAAUCAUGAGACUCCAUCUUUUCUUCGACUAAAUUACUGGUUCACGGAAUAGUGACUUCCCUGGAAAUUUCCUAAGAGCAUCAUAUUAUGAGAAUGUCCAGUGACAGACUGAAUUUGUAGCUAUUUAAGAGUGUUUCUUAGUCUAAUAUGUUCAGUUCCCUUUUGUGAGCAUUACUAGUGAAGACAAUUUGAUUGCUCUGUGCUUAGUUUGAAAGUCACUUUACUUAGUUACGACUCUAGCAUAAGGUGCAUAAGUAAAGAAUCAAUAUUUGUAGAUGGUUUAGCUGAAUAGCAUAUAAAUGUAAAAAAUAGAAAAAUCAAAAUGAAAUUCUUUAUAAAACUGGACAAACUGUAACUGGAGGAAUCCUUAUUAAAAUACUGUAAUAAAGAUUUUUUCUUUGUAAGUGACAGUUAAUUGAUAGAACAGCCUGAAACUGUGCUGUUGCAGUUUUUCUGCUUGCAAAAAGAAAAAUGUCUGCUUGGUGAUUCAGAAAUUCUGAACCAACAGAGAGUUAAUGAUUAGGUUUUGUUCUAAAACUUUAAAUUGAAAUGUUGAAUUGCUAGAAUUGUGUGUCUCAGUAAUAAAUGUAUGCUUAGGUUUAAUUUCUAUUUAUGAGGAAUUUGCCAAGACUGGAAGUACUUACUUGAAUAGAAACCAGAAGUGCCUUUCUAGCUAUGUAUUGUCUUGAUUUUGUAUUUUGGAGUUAUGUUAGUGAUAUUACAUUCCUACUCUUUACAUACUCUGUAGAGUUGGUAGUGCUCAAAAAGCAAAUUUAAUGAUUUGGUUAAACUGAUAAAUGAGUAGAUAGUCACGCUUUUUCCAAGUAAUGUGCUCUACACUUUUAUGAAAUUCUUUAAAAAAAGAGGUGCAUAGUAAGCACUAUGCACCAGUGCAUUAUUCCUACCAGUACUGUAAUAUAAUGAAGCAUAUUUUUUUCAGAAGUCAAAUUUACAACUGUGUGAAUUAAAUAAAUGACUGUUUUGUGGAAAACUUGAGCAUGACACCAGUAAAGACCUUUCUAAAAAAAUUUA